GGUAUAUUGGGACUGAAGAGUCUAAUCUCAUAAGAAGCUCAAGCCGCUUGAGGCCGGUAGAGAAGAGGAAGUGAGCGAUCAGAAGCAUUGUAGUUUUACACUGUGAUUGUGUCUGUCAUAUCAUAUUUUAUUUCAUGAUUUCAGUUUUAUUGAACUUUAACCCUGAUGCAGACAGAAAAUUGAAAUAUUUUCUGCACAACUGUGAAUGUCUUAAUAAUAUUUCGUCUUUCAGUGCAGAGAUGCCUUUGAUGAUUGUGGAGACGAGCUGCAGUCUGAUUGGCUGGCUCUUUCUGUAUGUGCUGCUGUGUCACUGGAACAGGGAAAGAGAUUGUGAGUGGAACUGCAGGCUGGUAACUUUGAUCCACGGCAUCCUGAUCGUCUGUGUGACAGCCUACAUUAGCUUCAUUGCUGGGCCGUGGCCUUUCACACACCCAGGCACUGAAAACACAUCUCUCCAGAUCCUGGCUCUUGUUCUCAGUUUAGGUUACUUCCUCUUUGACAUGGCUUGGUGUGUGUAUUUCCACACUGAGGGUUCGGUGAUGCUGGCCCACCACACGAUGAGCAUCCUCGGGUUGGUGCUGGCACUAGGGCUGGGCGAGUCGGGCAUCGAGACCUGCGCUGUCCUCUUCGGCAGCGAGAUCACCAACCCGCUCCUGCAGGCCCGCUGGUUCCUCAAGCGCAUGGGCCGCUAUGACAGUUUAGCCGGAGAUGUGGUGGACCUGCUCUUCAUUCUUCUGUUUGCCUCUGUGAGGAUUGGUGUGGGGAGUAGACUGCUUUAUUGUGAAUUAGCCUCUCCGAAGCCAUUGCUUAUAGUGAAAGUUGGUGGGGUGGCUAUUUACACUCUCUCCUGGAUCUUCAUGAUAGACAUUGCACGUUUCGCCUGCAAGAAAACUCGCACCAAAUACAGACGAUGGAAGGAACACAAGCUGGAUGAAGCUAAUGGACACGUUGUUAAAGUGAAAUAGGCCUUUCUGUGCAUUAUGACUGGGAAAGUGGCAUGAUGU